AUGAGAAUUUGUUCGUCUUGUUUCCCUAAAGUUAAUUCAGUACGAAAACAACAAUUUAGUGACGGUGUUUCGAUUUGUUCUAAAAAUUCAUCGUAUAAAGAAGAAGAAGAAGAAACACAAUCAAAAUUUUAUUGUUGUGGUCGAGUUCCUCCAAAAAGGUUUUAUAAAAAAAGGCAUGGAAUGUGUGAUGAUAAAUACGAUAAUGAUUUUGUCGAUUUAGGAAUUGAUGCAAUUGAUUUUGUUAGUAGUGGUGGAAAAACAGACAUUGUCAAUCCCAGCGUGCCUUAUUCGGCUGCAUUACCUGAAGAAUUAUAUCAGGGUAGAGCAAUUGAAAUAUAUGGAAAAUUAUUGGACAAUGCAAAAAGAUUUUCAAUAAAUUUAUCAACUGAUAGCGAAAGUAAUUCAGAUUUGGCAUUACAUUUUAAUCCUCGUAUCGAUAGAAGAUUGGUUAUAAGAAAUCAUAAAAUAAAAAAUAAAUGGGGUGUCGAAGAGAUUUUAUCAUUGCAACCAUUUCCAUUUACAUUGGGAAGAAAUUUUUCAGUUUUAAUUUUAGUCGCUGAUGAAAAAUUUUUUAUAGCUGUUAAUAGAAUUCAUUAUUGUGCCUUUGCUUUUCGAAUUCCAAUUGAAAAAGUAAAAUAUCUUAUCAUACUCGGUGAUAUUACAGUUACUGCGAUACAACAUGGUAACAAAACAUUUUAUCCUCCAGAAAAUUUAAAAAAAAUUCCAAAAGUUGUUAUUCCUCAUCCGUUGACUAAUGAAAGUGUGAAGUGUGAAAUUAGGAGAAAAGUAAAAGCCAUUAAAAUUGGUACUAAAAUAGAUAUAUUUGGAAGAUUAAAAUUACUUCCAAGAGCAUUUUAUGUUAAUUUACAAAAAGGUAUUUAUUUAUGGCCUCAUCCGAUUAUUCCGUUUCACAUGAAUUUGAGGUUACAUCCUCCGGGAACACAUAAAACUGAGAGUGAGAUUAUUUUCAAUUCUUGGAUGGAUGGUUAUUGGGGUAAAGAAGAAAUAAUAGAUAAUUGUCCUUUUUUACCAGGAACUCCUUUUCAUAUAAAUAUCAUUUGUACAAAUGAUGGAUUUCAUGUUUCAGUUAAUAAAAAUAGUUUAUUCAAUUAUAACCAAACAAAAAUCAAUCAGGAUAUUGAUUCGAUUGUAAUCGAUGGUGAUAUUAUAAUUACCAAAGUUGUAAUACAUUAA